UAUAACCUCUCCCUCCCUCCCUCCCAACUGCACUGUCAUAUUAUCUCUCCCUCUUCCUCCGUCACGCCCGGCCCAUGUCUUCUCCAUUCCCUUAUGUCUCUCUCCCCCACCCCCCAAAUGCACAGUAACUAAUUCAUUAUACCAAUUUCCUUAAUUGCACUCCCAUUCGUAUGCAUAUGCAUAUUCAUAUAUUCAUAAUCGUGUCUCAGCCAGCCAGCCAACCUGAAGAAAAUCAAUUAAGGAGGGAGGGAGGGAGGGAGGUGAAGGAUUGAUUGAUUGACUAGUUGUUUGUUUCAAUUCCAGGUAAGGUAAGGUAAGGUGUACAAGUAGCAGUGUCAUGGCAAUUGGGUGGGUAAGGUCGUCUUUGCACUGCAACUCCAAGUCAAAGGCUUUAGACGACGUCGUUGAUCACCACGGCCGCCGCCGCCGCCGUCCCAACGUCAAAUUAAUCCACCAUUCCCAUUCUUUCCUAGACACGUCCUCCAACUCCCACUACUCUUCUUCUUCUUCUUCUUCUUCUUUCUCCUAUAGUUCCAGCUGCCGAAGCGUCCAGAAUCUCAAAGAUAUAAUUGUUGAAACCAGUACAACAACUGCCAGCAGGCGCCGCAGCUCCAAGCCCGAGCACCAUAUUCCGCCGUCCAAGCGCCCUAAUGCCAGCAGCAAGCCCCAGCCCCAGCCCGCCAUCAUCACACGCUUCACCGGCGCCGCAAGCAGCUCCCCGUCCCUGGCGGAGCUCCCUGAAGGCCACCCUUCGCGCAAUGUCGUUGAGAUAAUAUUCCGCUCCGGCUGGGGGUCAGGGUCAGGGUCAGAGAAGGCCUUCUCGGGCCGGGUCGAGAUGGUCUUCAAGGUCCAGAACUUGACCCGGACUCUCACCCGCUUCGAGGAGUAUCGGGAGAUAGUCAAGGACAGGGCCAGGAGUGCCGGGGACCGGGACCACUCCCACGCCCACGCCCGGUGCAUCGCCGAUGGGCAUGAGGUGCUGAGAUUUUACUGCCUUGGUGCCACCGGCGGGGGCGGAGUAGUGUGCUGUGAGAACGGCGGUUGGGGAAUGGGAUUCCAGAGCGGCAAGGGUGCGGGUGUAUGCACUUACUCCGGGAGCGGUGUGGCGCACGACAAGGCCGGCGGCGGAUGUGGAAGGAGGGCCAUGCUGGUCUGCCGGGUCAUAGCCGGUGGUGGAAGUGGAACCGGGACCACCGGGGAAGAAGAAGAUGUGUACGUCUUUGACACACGUGCCCUAUUACCCUGCUUCCUUAUCAUCUACAACAAAUUCUAGUGCAGCAAGCAAAUGAAACCCACGUACACGGACAGACAUUCAAACAUGCAUACAUAGAUCUUAUAUACUACUACUACUACUACAACAGUAUUACGGCAUUAUCGCAUUUAUCAACUCCAAUUUUCUUCUCACCUUCCGAAAUUAUACUAGUAUAUUAUUAAUAAGUAUUCUGUUGUAAAUUGUAGUAAUAGGUUGGUUAAUUGUAUUGUGUUGCGUUGCGGGUGGCCAACCAUUCGCAUUCGCAGUUUGCUUCUUUGUUUUUUUUUUAAUUAAAUUUUUUAUCUGCCAGCUUUGUAAUUAAGUAUCUCAUGUCAUCCGCAGAGAAGAAUUGGGUUGAUAAAUGCUGCUGCUUUCCGGCUAGCUUGGCUUAGCUGCUUUGUAGUAGCUUGUAAUUAAUCAAUCAUUAUUCAGUAUGUGCAUCUCCGUAUUUCCAUUCUUCUCUCACUCAGUCUGUAUGUAUACCUAGACAUCUUUGGUAAAU